UUCAGCAACUUUGAAGACAAGAGCAUCUUCACGGAAUCGAAGACCAAGGACUUCUCCUUGCCGGGGAAUUGGCAGACGGUGGAGUUUGAAGGAAUUUUGAGAGUAGCGUCAACCCACAGGAAGAAAACGAGGAAACUGCGAGGCCACGUGAGUCACGGCCACGGCAGAAUCGGAAAGCACAGGAAGCAUCCUGGUGGGAGAGGAAAUGCUGGGGGUCAGCAUCACCAUAGGAUCAACUUUGACAAGUACCAUCCAGGUUACUUUGGAAAGGUACAAACAUCUUCAAUGUUUCCAAAAAUGACUAAAUGUAUAAAU